AUGAGUUCAAAAUCUGCAGCCGUUAUUCUUCAGCGGCAAUUCAAGGAGCUUACACACCCUAAGAAGGGCAUCCCCACCUUCCAAAUCGAACUUGAAGAUGACAACAUCUUCUUGUGGAACAUCGGGUUCAUGAUUCUCAACAAGGACUCCAUGUACAACGGCGGAUACUUCAAGGGCCAGAUGAGGUUCCCGGUCGAUUUCCCGUUCUCCCCUCCCACGUUCCGUUUCACCCCUAGCAUCUUCCACCCAAAUGUCUAUAGAGAUGGCCGGUUGUGCAUCUCCAUUUUGCACCAGGGCGGCGACCCGACCUCCGAUGAGCUCGAUAGUGAGACCUGGACGCCCGCACAGACCGUGGAGUCUGUGCUCAUCUCGAUUGUUUCGCUUUUGGAGGAUCCAAACGUGAACUCUCCCGCCAACAUGGAUGCCUCGCUCGAGUUGAGGAAAAACCCCGAGAUGUACAAGGAGCGUGUGUUGCAAGAGGUCCAGAGAUCGAAGAAAAACAUCCCCCCGGGAUUUGUCAUUCCAAACAGCGAGCACGCGUUUGGUGUUUCAGGUGCCAACAUGGAGGACGCCGAGCCCGUGGAUGAGGACUUCUGGUACGACUCCGAGGAAGAGAGCUUCGACGAGGAGAGCUUGAUGGACGACAUCAACGACGAGGAGGACGUGGAGGACGAAGAGGAUACCGACGUCGACAUGGUCAAGUAA